AGCCGGACGCCGGCGAGGGAGGAGGGCCUGUUGGCGGUGGUCGACGCGAGGGGCGGCAGCGGCCUGAGAAGAGAGACGACCCCCUUUCAAUUCCUCGUCUAGAAAUACCUCAGCCUUCGGGCACCCAGGAGCGCGAGAAGAGCUGGGCCAGCGCCCGCAUUUUCGUACCCUUUAGACCCCAUUGGCGUGACUCCCUUUUUUUGGGGUGGGGGCGGCUGGCAGCCCCCCUGAGCUAGUGAGGAGGUGGGGGCCACGAUGUAAGAGGCCGACGCAGAGGGACCCCUAAGGGGGGGCUGGACCCGCUCCCCCAUUUCCCCAGUUUACGGCCAGUAUAUUGCUCUGUGUGUCUCUUCCCCUCCCUUUAGAAAGGGCUAAAUAUCUUCCGACUUUGUUUUGAAAUAUUUUAAAUUCCCUAUCCAUUAUUCUGUCCCCUCCCCGCGCGGUCAGUACUAUCCCCACUCAGGGAUAUUGUCAUCCAUUUUCUCUCCCCCCCCCUUAAAAGAGGUACCUUAAUUUCUCACCCAUAUUUUAAGGGGGUCUUCUGUAUUCAUAUCUGUGCGAGAAACUGCAUCCCUCCCAUUCUCAUUUCUGAAGAUUGUUAUUCCCCACUUUGCAAACCGUAUACCCUGAAAAUCCGACUGGGGGUCACUUCUCGUGCUGGUGUAUCCCCCAAUUUUGACAUUGGGUCCCCCACCCAGUUUCCUGGCUUUUGUUGCUUUUUUUGAGCCCUGCAGAUAACGGGACUUUAUUUGCUGUUUCCCCAUCUUAAACCAGCUUUCCGGCCCAUUCUGGGGGGGAAAAAACCCCUUUUCCAGGAGACCGCAAGCCCUUCCAUUAAAGGUGCUUCCCCCCCCCCCCCAAUCUAUAAACUUCCAUGUUCACCUUUGCUUGGCCCUCUGCUGAGCAACUCAAGAGGUUAUAUAUGUUUUAAAGGACCGCAAGGGGACCCUGGAUGCCUCCCACUUCCUAGCCCCGUUCCUUUGACUUCUCGGCCCCCUUCGAAGGAGGCUUGUCCAACAUCCUCCUGUCUCCCCCCUUCCCUGUUCUCCAUGCCAGAAAACGCCCAUCACCUUUGCAAAGCCCUAGUGGCCAGCCAGUAUCCCCCGAACCCUUUUUGCUGGGGGGGCUGGCCUGCCCCUUCCCGAGUGGCAUGCUGGUGGUGGCCCCUUUUCCUGGGGGUGCAGAUGGAGUCGGCCCUUCCUGCCCCGCUUCUGCUCCCCCUUUGCUGAUGUGAGCUCGGCUUAGCCCCUGUCCCCCCCAACUCCUUUCCCUUUAAUCCUCUUCCCUCCCUCCCUCAAAAAAACAACAACUCCCCAUCAAGCUUCAUGCCCCCCUGAGGAUCAUGGAGGUGGUAGGAGAUUUUGAAUACAGCAAGAAGGACCUCGUAGGACACGGAGCCUUUGCCGUGGUCUUUAAAGGUCGCCACCGCAAGAAAACUGACUGGGAAGUGGCCAUUAAAAGUAUUAACAAGAAGAAUUUGUCGAAGUCUCAGCUUCUGCUUGGGAAAGAGAUAAAAAUUUUGAAGGAGCUUCAGCAUGAGAACAUUGUCGCUCUCUACGAUGUCCAGGAGAUGCCCAACUCUGUCUAUCUGGUAAUGGAGUACUGCAAUGGCGGAGACCUGGCGGAUUACCUGCAAGCCAAAGGCACGCUCAGCGAGGACACCAUCCGGGUGUUCCUGCAGCAGAUCGCGGCGGCCAUGCGCGUCCUCCACAGCAAGGGCAUCAUCCACAGGGACCUCAAGCCGCAGAACAUCCUGCUGUCGUACGCCAGCCGGCGGAAGGCCAGCCUGAGCGGGGCGCGCAUCAAGAUAGCUGACUUUGGGUUCGCUCGCUACCUCCAGAGCAACAUGAUGGCAGCCACGCUGUGCGGAUCCCCCAUGUACAUGGCUCCCGAGGUGAUCAUGUCACAGCACUACGAUGCGAAAGCCGACCUGUGGAGCAUUGGAACGGUGAUCUACCAGUGUCUGGUUGGGAAGCCGCCUUUUCAGGCAAAUAGUCCUCAAGACCUGAGAACGUUUUAUGAGAAGAACAGGAAUCUAAUGCCUAGUGUCCCCAGGGAAACAUCUCCUUACUUGGCCGACCUGCUCCUGGGCUUGCUGCAGAGAAACCAGAAAGACAGAAUGGACUUUGAAACCUUCUUCAAUCACCCUUUCCUCGAUCAAGUCUCGACCGUCAAGAAGUCUUGCCCCGUACCCGUCCCAACAUACACGGGGUCCGCCUCGGGCAGCUCCUGCGGUAGCUCUCCCUCCUGUCGGUUUGCUUCUCCCCCGUCUCUCCCGGACAUGCAGCACAUCCAGGAAGACAACCUCUCGUCGCCCCCCCUGGGGCCCCCAAAUUACCUCCAGGUGUCCAAAGAUUCCGCCAGCAGCAGCAGCAAGAACUCGUCUUGUGACACGGACGACUUUGUCCUGGUUCCGCACAACAUCUCGUCCGAUCAGUCGUAUGACAUGCCUCUGGCCCCAGCCGGCCGGCGCCCCUCGAGCGAAUUCCUGAUCUGUGGCGGGCAGUGCCAGCCGUCGGUUUCCCCCCGCAGCGAAACGGCGCCGAUCCCCGUCCCGACGCAGCUCCGCAAUUACCAGCGCAUCGAGCAGAACCUGAGCUCGGCCGCCAGCCCCAGUUCCAACCCCCACGGAUCCUCCAAGUCAGCUGCGGUGAGGCGGUCAAAUACCAGCCCCAUGGGCUUCCUGAAGACGGGCUCAUGUUCUCCCGUGCCAGCAGACCCCACACAGGCUGUGGGACACCGGCUCUCCACAGGCUCGUCGAGGCCGUAUUCCCCCUCGCCGCUAGUUGGAACCAUCCCUGAGCAGCUGGGCCACUGCUGCUGCGGGCAGCUCCAAGGGCACGAAUCCCGGAGCCGGAAUUCCUCAGGCUCGCCAGUCCCGCAGUCGCACUCCCCACAGUCCCUCCUGGCGGCCGGAGCCCGGAUGCAAAGCGCCCUGACCCUGACGGACAUUUACCAGAACAAGCAGAAGCUCCGGAAGCAGCACUCGGAUCCUGUCUGCCCGUCCUACGCCGGCUACAGCUAUGGCCACUCGCCGCAGCCCGCCCGGCCAGUCAGCCUGGGGACGUCGCCCACCAAGCUGCCCGGCUCGUCGCCCCGCAGCUCGGACUGGCUCUUCAAAACGCCCUUGCCCACCAUAAUAGGCUCUCCCACCAAGGCGACAGCUCCUUUCAAGAUCCCGAAGACCCAGGCCUCCUCGAACUUGGUGGGCCUGGUCCGGCGCCAGGGGCCCGCCGAGGGGCCCCUGCAGCCCUCGAAGGACGUGGGCGAGGCGAGGGCGUUCCCCCACUUCCACUCAGCGCAGGGGGGCGAGAGGCGGGCGGCGGCGGAGCAGCAGCAUGGGAAGACGGCCUUUGGCAGGUCCGUCAGCGCCGGCAGGUUGUCGGACCAGCAGGCCAGGGCCGCCCUGGGCAGCCAGCUCUACCAGGGCAGCACGGACAGCCUGAAUACCGAGCGGCCGAUGGACACAGCUCCGCCCGGGGCCUGUGGCAUCGUGGCUGUGCCUCCCCCCGUGGGCUCCGGCGGGAGUUCCAGGGCCGUGAUGUUCACCGUCGGGUCCCCCCCAAACAGCGCCACGCCUCCGACCUGCACCCACAUGGUCCUCCGUGCCCGGACGACAUCAGUGGGCUCCAGCAGCUCCGGAGGGUCUCUCUGCUCCACCAGCGGCCGCGUCCUCAUGGGCUCCCCACCGGGGGCUUACAUGGGCUCCUCUCCCCCUGGAGCAGAUGCCGCUCCAUGCCUGAAAUACAUGCCUUACGGGGUCUCGCCUCCCAGCUUAGAGGGGUUUAUCACCUUCGAAGCCCCCGAACUGCCAGAAGAAACCUUGAUGGAGAGAGAGCACACCGACACGCUUCGCCACCUGAACCUGAUGCUGGCCUUCACAGAGUGCGUGCUCGACCUGACGGCCGUCCGGAGCGGAAACCCGGAGCUCUGCAACUCCGCGGUGUCUCUCUACCAGAUCCAGGAGAGCGUCGUCGUCGAUCAGAUAAGCCAGCUGAGCAAGGACUGGGGGCAAGUGGAACAGCUGGUCCUGUACAUGAAAGCAGCCCAGCUCCUGGCCUCGUCCCUCCAUCUGGCCAAAGCACAGAUCAAGUCGGCCAAGCUGAACCUCUCCACAGCCGUCAAGCAAGUCGUCAAAAACCUGAACGAGAGGUACAAGUUCUGCAUCGCCAUGUGCAAGAAGCUGACGGGGAAGCUCAACCAGUUCUUCUCGGACAAGCAGAGAUUCGUCGAUGAGAUCAACAGCGUCACGGCGGAGAAGCUCAUCUACAGCUGCACGGUGGAGAUGGUGCAGGCUGCCGCCCUGGAUGAGAUGUUUCAGCAGACGGAGGACAUCGCCUGCCGCUAUCACAAGGCCGCCCUCUUGCUGGAAGGCCUGGCGAAGAUCUUGCAGGACCCGGCCGAUAUCGAGAACAUCAACAAGUAUAAAGCAAGUAUCGAACGCAGGCUUUCGGCUCUGUGCUACAGUGCCGUAACCAUUUACGAUUAGUAGGCGGUUCAGCUGAGACCACCCGACAGAUGUUUUGCCAUGGCCAAAUCACCAGUCGCCCCUUCCUUCUCCAAAGGGAAGGCGGCUUUAUAGCUCUGUGGUUGUCUACCAAAGAAAAACGCAGUCAGUUCACAGAGGGGAAGAAAUCCCAAACUCUUCUGGAGGUGACUUGCCUUAAGACUGAUCUCGCUCCGCCACCCCUUCGCCCGCUGCCGAGGAGCCAGAUUUUAAAGAUCAGACCGGGGGCGGAAAAAUGGCUUUUUGUUUUCUUACAUGAAAGAACACAUUCGUCUUCAGCAAAAUCGAGAGCAGCAGGCUUCCCUGUUGUAGCGGGGAAAAGGUUCCCCUUGAGGACGGGUCGGUGGCAUGAAGACGAAAUCACGUGUUCUGUGACGCUUGGGGGCCAUUAGAGUUGGGUCUGAGCUUGGAUCUUGUGAGUUCCACUCUUCAAGCCAUCGGAAUAGAGGAAAAACUGCACCUUUUAAAAAAACUGGGGAUACAGUGGACCUUUUUAUUUUAUGUUAUUUUUGGAAUGGAUGGCAUCUAUUCAGAAUCUCUGAAGCAAAUUUUAGCGAUGAUCGUGGCUAUACAAGCUUGGAUGUUUUUCUUCUCCCCAGCCCCCUUCUCCCCAAAACACUUUAUGUUGCACUAAUUUACUAAAGUAACUGUGUACUUGAUUUUGAAGGAAACACCCCUGUUAAUUUAAACAACACACACACAAGAAAAGGCACAAUAACUAAUGUUUACUGGGGGAAAAGAAACUCUUUCAAUUCACUGUAUAUAUUCAAGAAACCCCCCCCCCCGACUCCCUUCGAUUGCCAUCAUCCCAGAAAACCGACCUUUUCCAGAAUUGAAAUGUAGCUUCUUCAGAGACAUUCAGACAAAGCCUGGUCUUCUUGGGGCGUUUGAAUUUUAUACCUAUUUAUAUAAAACCGGAGUAACUCUGCCACUUCCUGGACUUUCUUGAUGGUAUCACACAGUUGAUGGUGGCUUGCUAUUCCCUCCACUUUCAUAUAAGGGUUUCGUUGCUUAGUUCUGUUGUAGCAUGUGUGAAACUGCGUUGUUGCCUGCUUUGGGUGUGUUAUCAAUUCCCUCUCCAUGCCCUUAUCUGGGGCUUUUCUUGCAGAAUACUAGAAUGCGCCUGAAGACCGGCCCUUUGAUAGGUCUGUGUGAGGCUCUUAAAGAGACACGGAGUUAGGAAUACACGUGGCCUGGACUUUCCCUAAAACAGCAGAAGUAUCACGGAGUCAGGGGCGUUCCAAAGUGGUUUUUGGGAAUGCUUACCCGUCGUGGUGUACUUCCACUCUCUCCAGCCGUCCCUUCAGGUUCUGUGACUUGCGAUGUAUUUAGGAAACUUAGGUUCUCUGCAAACGGAUCCUCUUAAUUUUGAGAGAUUUCUCUCUCUCUCUCUCUCUCUCUCUCUCUCUCUCUCUAAAUUGUCAUCGCUCAGUGACUUUUAAAAACUUGAAAGCACUGUUCUUCAUAACAAAAUCCCUUGGAACCUUUUUUUUUUUUUUUUUAACUGGUCAGGUCCUCUCUGCCGGAGGUUUCUGGCCGUCAGACACUUUUCAUGGAUGGGCAAAUGAAAAAUCAUUUGUGUGUAGGUCUCUCUCCUUCCCCUCCCCCCUCGCCAUUUUUGCUUUGACAAGAGUAAUGUACUUUUUACCUUUAUUUAUCCGUACAAGAAAUUCCAGUGAUUCAUUUGAAAGUGUUUUUUAUUUAUACAGCGUUUGUAUUUUAGGUCUUUAAUACAGUGUUUGUACUGCCUCUCCUUUGUAUCUGCAUGCAUUAUUCUUGACCCAUAGAGUAAUAACUGAAAACCAACCAACCCUGUUACAUAAUUUUUAUUAUGGCCUGUAUAAAUGUAUAUUAAGGUUAAAAAUAAAAAGUCGACUGAUA